AUGAGUUCAAAUAAAAAGUUGAAGGUUAGUAGAAGCACUCGUUAUCGUCGGAGACUAAAUGCAGCUACUUUAGCUACAACUAUGUUAUGUGAUUCUUCUGAUGAUGAACCUUUAGCUACUCAAUUAAGUGAUUUUACUGCAGAUGAUGAACCAAUGGAUAUUCAAUUAAAAACUAUUGAAAUAGUACCAUCAUCAAAUAAUGAACUAAUUUGUGAAUCAAAUUUCAAUCAUUCUACAGAUUAUAUUAUACAGUCCGACGAUACCAACAGCAUUGAUAGUAGUUUGAUAAGUUCUCCUUCUCAAUUUCUUAAUACUGCUGGCUCAGAUACCAAUUCUGAUAGUAUUGAUUUACAGUCAUCACUUAGUCCAAGUCAUGAACUAUCUAUCUGGGCUUUACAUCAUAAUAUAACCCAUAUUGCUCUUGGAGAUUUAUUAAAAUUCUUAAAAAAACAUACCAAUUUAACUAUGUUACCAAAUGAUCCACAAACUCUACUUAAAACACCUGCAAAAACUCAAAUAACUAAAAUAGAUGGUGGAGAUUAUCAUCAUUUGGGUUUAAAAAUGAAAUUGAAUUUUUAUUGGAAGUUGAGCCCCAAUUAG